AUGAAGAUGGUUUCAUGUGAACGUCAUACUAACGGGUUUAGUGGUCCCCGCCCUCCCGUGUUGCCGCCGCCGGCGACGUUGGAGACGGGGCUUUUGGGCCACCCCCAGGGCCCGUUUCCCCCGCCGCAGCCACCAGCCCAGGACUCGGCCCGCCUGCCGUCGCAACAGUUCUACCCGCUACCACUGCUCCAUUCGUUGGGCAACGGCGCCAGUGUGGCGCUGGGGUACCAGAUCCCCCUGAUCAACCUGGCCAUCGACGACGCGCGCCCCCUGGCUCCCACCGCUCCGUUGCCGCCGCCGCUGCUGAUCGUCGGCGUCAGUGAAGUAGCGCCGUUGGCUGAAGCUAACCGCCUGGCCACCACCAACGUCUACCGCACCUUAAACGUCAAGGAUGCGUUGCUGUACUUGGACCAGGUGAAAAUCAAGUUUUACCUGCAGCCCGACGUCUACAACGACUUUUUGGACAUCAUGAAGGACUUCAAGCUGCAGCUGAUCGACACCCCGGGGGUGAUCGACCGGGUGCUGACGCUUUUCCGGGGCCACCCGGGGCUCAUCCAGGGGUUCAACACCUUUUUACCUCCCGGGUACCGCAUCGAGAUCUCACUGGACCCGCAGGACCCUAACCCCGUCAGAGUGAUCACCCCCACCGGUACCACCACCCCCGCCACCGCCGCCGCCGCCUCCGCCGCCGCCGCGGCUACCACCACUCCGGUGCUCAAACAGGAGGAGAAACCGUCGGUACAGCCGCUUCCCCAGCCGCAACAACCGCAGCAACCAGUGCUGCUGGCGGCUACCACCAGUGAAGCUGCCGCGGCGUCUCAGGUUCCCGGAGGCCAGAUCGAGUUCAACCAUGCCAUCAACUACGUCAACAAGAUCAAGACCCGUUUCGCCAAUCAACCGGAUAUUUACAAGCAAUUUUUGGAGAUUUUGCAGACGUACCAGCGCGAACAGAAACCCAUCGGCGAGGUGUACGAGCAGGUGACGGUGCUUUUUGCCAACCUGCCGGACUUGUUGGACGACUUUAAGCAGUUUUUGCCCGAUACCUCCAACCAGGCCGCUCAGGCUCAGGCGCCGUUGGCUCCUCAACAACAGCAGCCAGUGCCUCAGGCUCAACCUCAACCGGCUCAACCGCAGCCGUCGCAACAGCCGGGUUUCACUCAGCCUCAAGCGCACGUGGCUAAUGGCUACUACGUCAAUAAUGGCCAAACCCAGCCGCUUCCGCCUGUAGGUAACUUCCAACAACCGCUCCAAGGUCCUCCUGGUGAAUAUCACCAUGGCUACCAAGUGGCCACCGCUACUGCCGCGGCGCAACCUCAUUUGCCUGAGCCCAAAGACGAUAAGAAGCCCGUUGCCGGCGCGGUAGUGGCGAAACCGGCGAACCCUCUGCUUGUUCCUGGGGUUCCUGAACCGAUGCCGUUGGCGUCGCAAGUAAAGACGCUGCUGCUUUCUGAAGAGAUCUCAUUCUUCGAUAAAGUGAAGAAGGCCGUCGGCAACAAACAGACCUACAACGACUUUUUGAAGGUGAUCAACUUGUUCUCGAUGGACAUCAUCGACAAGCCGACGCUUGUGGAACGGGUGGAAGGCUUUUUGGGCGACUUGCACCCGGACUUGAUGCAAUGGUUCAAAAUGUUCAUUGGCUACGACGAGAAGCCGUUGCACAUUGAGGAUAUCACUUUCAAGAAGCACCAGCUCGAGCUCUCGUUGUGCAAGGCCUACGGUCCCCUGUACCGUCAACUCCCUAAGGCUGAGACUUACAUGCCGUGUCUGGGUCGUGACGAAAUGUGCUGGGAAGUACUUAACGACGAGUGGGUGGGUCACCCCACCUGGGCCCUGGAAGACCUGGGGUUCAUUGCCCACCGUAAGAACCAGUACGAAGAGAUCCUCUUUAAGAUCGAAGAGGAACGGUUGGAGUUUGACUACUUCAUGGAGGCUAACUUGCGCACCAUCCAAACCCUCGAGACCAUUGCUAACCGUAUCGCCAACAUGACCCCGGAACAAAAGGCCAACUUCAAGCUUCCCCCCGGGUUGGGCACUACUCUGCAAACCAUCUACAAGAAGGUGAUUCGUAAAGUGUACGACAAGGACCGUGGUUUCGAAGUGAUCGAUGCUCUUCACGAAAACCCUGCCAUUGCUGUGCCUGUGGUGCUCAAGCGGUUGAAGCAAAAGGAUGAGGAAUGGCGUCGGGCCCAGCGUGAAUGGAACAAAGUGUGGCGUGAAAUGGAACAAAAAGUGUUCUACAAGUCGUUGGACCACUUGGGGCUCACGUUCAAGCAAGCCGAUAAGAAGUUGUUGACGGUGAAGCAAUUGGUGCUGGAAAUUUCUACCGUCAAGGUCGAACAACACAACAAGCGUCUUCACCCGCUCACCCCCAAGCCUCAAGAACAGUUGGUGUACCAGUUCGUUGACUUUGAUGUGGUCGACGACGUCCUCCGCUUAGCUGACGUAUUCAUCACCAAGCUGCUGAACUACCUGGCGCUGGACCGGGAAAAGCUUGUCCAAUUCCUCCGUGGUUUCGUCGAUGUAUUCUUUGGUCGUGACACCACCACCGAAGGGGUCAACGGCUCCUCGCGUAAGCGUAGCCGUGACGAACCUGUGUUGCGUGAAGUGCUUAAGCGUACGGGCAAGCGCGACCUGCCGGGUCUCUCCCCUUCUUCCGAAGACCACGACGAUACCUUGGAAGAAGUGGUGGAUAAGCUGAAGGAGUUGUGGAUCAAGACCACCGCCGUCAACGCUGCUCGCGGCUCGGCCCCUGAACGCCGUGACCGCUACAACUUGUUCUGCAACACCGCCGUGUACGUGUUCUUCCGCCACUUGCGUACGCUUUACGAGCGUCUUGAUGAAGUCAAGCGGAUGAACGCUGACGUCGCUCGCGAGAUCGUGCUGCGCAAGGUACCCCAGUUUGCUAAAGACCUCAACCUUGUGUGCCACCAAUUAGAGGACCAAGGCGUACAAAUCGACGGCAACGAAGACUGCUACCAGCAGGUGCUUUCGCUUUCAGAAAGACUCAUCGAAGGGGAAAUCGAACACCAGUGGUUUGAAGAGCUGUUGCGCCAGGGCUACCGCAACCGCGCCUACAAGUGCUACACCAUCGACAAGGUGGUGCAGGCGAUGGUUAAGCACGCCCACCUGAUUGUCUCCGACACGAAGACGCUGGAAAUGAUGUGUGUGUGGGAGCAGGACCGGGCGCAGCCGGUGCUGCUGGCCAAGGAGCAGAUCUUGUACCGGAUGCAAGUGCGCCACUUGAUGCUGCCGGAAGAAAACAUGUUCAACAUCGCCUACACCCCCGACACCACCACGGCGGCGGUGACGUUCGUGGCGUUGGACGACUUGACGAUCAAGGACCACACCAACGUCGAGGAACAGUACAACUACUACGUGACGCUGUACAUCAUGGCCCACCCCACCGAAGGGGUGCCUGCCUCCAAGCUCUCGAUGCCGUUUGCUAAGCAUGUCAUUGAAGAAGUAAGCGACGAUCAGUGCGAAGGGCACGUCACUCUGGGGCUCAAGGUGCUGAUAUGUCCCCGUCUGUACCGGUUGUUCUUUGACGCCGACACUUUUGACGAGUUCACCGCUAACUACGUGUACUCCAAGUCAACAGCGCCUCCAGUGGAUCCCCAAGAACGUAUCAAGCAGUUGCUGGAGCUUGUGGACGCUGAACGGGAAAAUGACGACGGCGACCGCUUAGUGCAAGUGUUGUUCAACGAGGGAGUGGAAAAGUACCAUGAAGCCACUCGCUCUGAGGAAAAGCAUAAGCAAGACCAGGCCGACGCCGAAAACGCUGAACUGGCAGCUCAAGCGAAUGAGGAAGCCCACCACACUGAAGCUACCGCCAAUGAUGCGGCUAAGCAACCUUCGGCCGAACCUCAGCAACAACCCACUGAACCCGAAGAUGCGACGAUGGAAGAUGCUCUGGAAGUGCCUCAACAAGCCGCUAUUGUUCAACAACCCGAACUGAGCGAGCAGGCCCAACCUGAGCCCAAGGAAUAG